CGACCUUGAUCAGUAAAACGUCACGGCGGGUUUCGUGUAUUGCAAGGAGUUUUCGUAGUUGGGUAUUCAUCCUAGCAGUCUGUAUCUGUAUCAUGGAAUAUUUGGCACCUCUUUCCUCAUCGUUGUUUGUAAUACGAAAUGCCGAACACGUGUGCAUUAACAUGGAGAACAUUCAACGUUUAGUGGGAAUGGUAUGCGAGAAGUAUUGCCCAUUUGAUUUGAAGUCUUGGAUCAAUCAGGAACUAACCCCUAGUGUUGCUGACGAACGAUCAAUUGAAUGGAUAUUUGUGACUUCCUUACUCAAUUUUUCAUUUUGGAGUAAGAGUCAGGAUAGUUUUGAAGUGUUAUAUUGCAACAAAAUUUAUACGGGCUAUUGGGCCCUCUGUGCAGCAGUUAACCGAGCUAUCGAUGAAGGGGUAAACUUGUUAAAUCCUGAAGUAUAUCAAACUGUGACAGAGGAGCAAUUGAGACACAUAUUUCGUUCACAUACAGCUGAGCCUAUACCAUUAUUUGAUGAGAGAUUAAAUGCUCUGAGGUGUGCUGGGAAAACUUUACUUGAGAAUUUCGAUGGGUCAUUUAAAAAUGCUCUGUCCUCGUGUGAAAAUUCUGCGGCAAAGCUUCUAAAGUUAUUGUGUGAUUAUUUCCCUUCUUUCCGCGACUAUAGUAUAUACAAAGGAAAACACGUGUCAUUCUUAAAACGUGCUCAGAUCUUGAUUGGUGAUUUAUGGUACUGUUUUGAGGGCAAAGGGUUUGGGUAUUUCCACGAUAUAGAUGAGAUUACUGCGUUUGCCGAUUACAGAGUUCCACAAGUGUUAUAUUAUUUUGGUGCUAUAGAAUACAGUGAGGAUUUAACAAAAAGGAUACGCAACGGUGAAGAAAUUGCAAAUGGAAGCGAAUUAGAAGUUGAAAUUCGAGCAGCGACAAUACUAGCUGUGCAUAAUAUCGUCAAGUCCUUAAAUAGUAAAAAUAUUAGUUGCAAUUCAAUUGUGGUGGAUAAUUUUCUUUGGAAUUAUCGACGUUCUCAUGCCGAUGAAAUUGAUGCCAAAAUUCCAAUGCAUAGAACACGUUGCAUAUACUAUUGAUUAUAUAAAUAUGAUACUCCGUGUAAACACAUGUAAUAGACAUUGCGUUUAAACCGAAAAUAUUGUUUAUAUUUUUGCAAUACAUUAUUAGGACUUGAGAA